AUGGACCCUUCACCGGAAGGGUUCCCAUCGCCGGAUUGGGCCGGCGUCUUCAGCGAACUGCCAUGCUUGCUGCAUCCGUUGCGACUGCAGCUUCUUUGCGGUGGCUUGGGCGCGCCGGAGCAUUUUCUGGAUCAGCAGCAGAUUCCCUUUGUGGCUGAUCCAUAUGUGGACAAUGCUGUCUUCCUGGCCCCGGCUCUGCAGAGCUUGUAUGGACAAGGCCAUCGUGGCACAGUGUUGUUCACGGAAGCAAACGUGCCGUCAACCUUGGCCUAUGCCUCGGAAUCGGAGCCAGCUCUCCGCAACCGCAUCGCGAACUUGCACCCGAAAGCCUUUGUUUCCGAUGAUGCCAGGAAACACCUGCCAGGACAUGUUCUGAAGAAGGCUGCCAAUAGGAUCGCAAAGAUCCAGCCGGAUGCCUUCUUGCUCGAGCAGGUGCCCGACAUUGUCAAGCACAAGAAGUUCUUUGGCAACGUCUUGGCCAAGCUGCGGAUGCCUGGCUACACCGUGAAGCACAAGGACUUUGCGCGACUGCAGUUGAAGGGCUUUCAGCCGACUGCUUUCAGCCGACGGCUAUCUUUGGGAGCGGCGCAGGCCAUGCUGUGGCUGUGGCGUCGGAAAGAGCUUCACCUUGCGCACAUGACGGAGCACUCUUGCGCGCUGACACCUCAGACCUUGGUUACAAAGGCUGGUACAAAAAAGUUCUUCUUUGUGCUUGCAAGCACUUGCCAUGGAGCUUGGACGUGGGAGGCUGAAGUUGUAGAGACACAGACCUAUACGUUGCGAGGUCACAACGAGUGGGCCUGGCUGACUGUGACGAAUGUGAAAGAUUGGCAUUGUGUGCCAUAUGAGUGGACGAUCAACAAAGUUCAGACCGAACAGUUUGGCUUCCUGUGCAUGAAGCAGCGCGGUACGCCUUUCGAACAGCAAGAGCACGAGUUGCUGGAGAACCUUUUGGAGAGCGCGGAUGCAACAGUGAAAAGCUCCUAUAUGGUGGAUGGUGAUGCAUCUGAAGCAUCUGACAGUGACGACGACAGUUUAUCGGAUGAUGAUGACCCGAUGCCUGAAUAUACCUUAGCUGCCCUGGAACACAUUGAGGCCACAGGCAGGAAUGCAUUCGGCGUUGCAGCUUCUUCUGCCAAGCAAAAGGAGCAAAAGAGGCAUGCAAUGUUGCAAAAGUACAAGCGAGCAAUUGAGGCAGAGCAUUUGCUAGCAGAUGAGGCCGAAGAUCCAGGACCACCGCUUUCUGGUGCUCCGCAUGCCGAGGAUGCUGUGGAGGAAAAGCAAGCGCCGACCACAGAGGCUGUAGAGGCCGAGACGCUCCACAGCCACAAAUCCAAUUUGCCAGCGAUUCGUCGCUUUGUGCCUGACAGACCAUGCACUUGUGAAGGUGAGCUCUGUUCCAUCAAUUGGAUCCAGGGCGCAGCGCGCGGCGAGCACUGGAUUGCCCGGUACAGCUUCAGUGUGCCGGCCGAUGUGACUAAGGUGAAAAGGGAAUUGAAACAAUCAAGCCGCACAAAAUACACCAGCUCCAAUGUCUCCGAGCACAUGGCCUUCCAGCAUGUGCUGUCUUGGAUUUGGCAAAAGCACACGCUUUGCACUAGUGAUGAGCAGCCCGCUUUUGUCACAGACUUCUUGCGCGAGUGUCCUGCAUGCAAGGCAGAUCCGAAGACAUGCACGGCCAUGAAUGCUUUGAAAACGAAAGCGAGCAUCGCAGCUUUGCCAGGCCUGGAGGUCGAGAGCAGUGAGUCGAGGAAGGCGAUUUGCUGUGGCUUUUGUGGGCUGCAAGACCACGCUGAUGGAGCGAAAAUGCGUGCAGCCUAUUUGCGGAGCCUCGAGAAGCGGCUUAAGAUUGGUUGGAUCGAGAUUUGGGCGCCGGCAGCCACCUCGGAGCAUGCAGACUUGCUCUUGGUAGGCCAAGUUGGACCAAGCGGUGGCAGCAAGAAAGCUGUGGCCAUCGUUUGGCGCCAGACUCACUACGAGACUCUCGUGAGUUGA